GGUGGCAGCCGGAGACGGAGGUUCGGCCAUGAACUUGCCCGGGACGGCAGCGGCGGCGGACUUGGCAGCGCUCUCCUCCUGGCGUCCCCCGUGUUAACGGAACAGGUUUUGACAUUAUGGCAGGAAGGCAUCAGAAUCGUAGUUUUCCUCUUCCAGGAGUUCAUUCAAGUGGUCAAGUACAUGCAUUUGGAAAUUGUACAGAGACUGAUGUGUUGGAGGAGGAUGCGGAAGUGUAUGAGCUUCGGUCCAGAGGAAAAGAGAAGGUCCGAAGAAGUACAUCAAGAGAUAGACUUGAUGACAUCAUAGUAUUAACAAAAGAUAUACAGGAAGGAGAUACUUUAAAUGCAAUAGCCCUUCAAUACUGUUGUACGGUAGCAGAUAUCAAGAGGGUUAACAAUCUCAUCAGCGAUCAAGACUUUUUUGCCCUUAGGUCUGUCAAAAUUCCAGUAAAAAAGUUUAGUUCGUUGACUGAAACACUAUAUCCUCCAAAAGGAAGACAGGCUUCACGUCCUUCGUCUGUUCAGUACGUUCCAGAGCAACAGGAAAUUCUGUCACUUAAUGAUUCUCUUUCUUCCAGUGAUUCAGCUGGUAGCUUUUUAAAAGAAGUAGACCGAGACAUAGAACAAUUAGUAAAAUGUACAGACACCAAAAGAGAGAACCUUAAUGAGGUGGUGUCUGCCUUAACAGCACAACAAAUACGUUUUGAACCUGAUAACAGAAACAUUCAACGUAAGGAUCCUUAUUAUGGAGCAGACUGGGGAAUAGGGUGGUGGACAGCUGUAGUGAUAAUGCUAAUAGUGGGCAUAAUAACGCCAGUAUUUUAUUUGCUGUAUUACGAAAUUUUAGCUAAAGUGGAUGUUAGCCACCAUUCAACAGUGGAUUCUUCACAUUUGCAUUCAGGAGUCACACCCCCGUCACAGCAGAGAGAAAUGGAAAAUGGAAUUGCUCCAACUAAAGGAAUACCGUUUGGCCAACAAGAUGAUCAUAAACUAUAUAGUCAAAAUUCUUAGUCUCCUGCUACUCAACACAAAGCAUAGCAAUUAGCUCAUAAUUACAGUGUUUGUGAUCACAUGUUCAUCUGGAAAGUAGUGAAUCAGUUAUAUUCAAUAACCACUUCAAAAGCAGAAUUUAGGGACAUUGAAGAUGCUUUUGUUUUUCACCUUUUUUUUUGAGCCAUUUACAAAUGGAUUGAGUAUAAAAUUCCCGCAGUUAGUUGUCAAUAUUGAAAACAGUAAAUCUAUAUAUCUGUUAUAUCAAUGCUUAAAGCAAAAAGAAUUUAAAUAUGUGUCUAGGAAGUUCUUGGAAAACAACAUUUUUCUUAUGCAAGACCAGUUAUGUUUAAACUUUAAUUAUUUUUUGGUUUAAGCUUAUUAAUGUUUAUUAAGCAGAAUAAUGGUAGCACCAGAUAUCUGCAACAGAAGAAAAUUUACUACUAUGAACCAUCACAAUAUUUAGUUGCAAAAAAGUUUGAUUCUAAAAUUAUUUAUGAUACCACAUACUUAUUAAUACUCCAUUUUAAAACUUUUGAAAAGUUUAGCACAUACACUAUGAAGACAUAAGUAGACACAGAGGUAGGAAAGCAGUGUAUGAUGUCUGUAAUAGAGGCUGACAUAGAAAUUAAAUAUUUUUAAGCCCUAAAGUAAUGUGUUGUGGUUGGGAAGUUGCCAGUCGGUCACUAGAACACUGGAUUAGGUCAGGAACCUAAAGUAAUCUUUGUCUCUCAAAGAAUGCUGCCUCUGCUUCUUAUUUUUAAGUCAUUAUAUUUGCCUCUGAUAUUUGAAAGCACUUUUGUAAUUCUUUGAUUAAAAGUGUUACACAUGUACUGGUCAGCAUUAUUUAAAGAAUGAUUUCCUACAUACUGUGAUAAGAUGUUGCUAUGUUACAUGUGGUAACAUGCCUUAAUUACAUUUAAUGCCUUAUAAAAUAUGUAAGCUAAUACAAGUUUUAGAAUUAAAAGUAGGCAUUAUUUCAGAUAGUCCAAUGGGAUUCAUACCACAGGCUGUAUAAAUUUGUCUCCACUUUCACUAUCAAGCACAAAUUAAUGGGGUCAAAACAAGUUUUCAUUGUCUGCCUCUGAGGUCUGUUGCAGAAAUGGUUCAUUAAGCAGAAGCAUGAGUAAAGAUGCCUUUGGCAUUAGCAAUAACCGACACAUUGCUUUAUUUAUUGAUCCCUUAAACUGUUUUUCAAAGAGAAAAAUGUCCAACUUAAACCUUUUUUCCCUUGAACUAUAGCAUAAAAUUGGGGAACAGAGGCCAAAAGUGUAUGAUCAAAAGGGCUUGAUAAUGCCACUUUUAAGAUCUGUGGGUCUGCUAGAUAAGAAGCAUUUGCAUACUGAUUCCAUCAUUUAAUUUUUAAAAGUAUGUGUUUUUAAAAAUGUAACCAAAAUGAUUCAUUAGGAGCAAGAUUCGGUGGAGUCUGGAUUGCCUGUUUUUUAUAUAAUAAAGUAUGUACCUUAAGAUCUAUAAUACCACCUCAUUUUCUGGGCAUUAUUUCCUAAUUUUAAUAUUCAGCUUUUUGACCACUUUGUAUUUCAAACUCCAAUCUUGAUACAAAGUGGUGGGAAUAAAUAUAUGUGGUAAAUGGGGUUUUAUGUACCUUUAGUAGCAAAGUAUAAAAAAACAGGACAGAGAUGUCAAAUAUGUAUUUGAGGACCUUAGAUAAUUACCAAAAAGUGUUAAUAUGGAAAUUGUAGCAAAUUGAUUCUUUGAGUAACUCUUAGUUUAAAAUUUAAAACACUGUUUUAAUGUGCCUUGGGCAUCUUGAAAAGAGGAGUGUGAACUUUCUAAUUUAUGCUCAAUGUUAACAUGGUCAGUUUACAUUGUAUUUAUUAAGCCUGCUGAAAAUCAAGUUUUAGGGAAGAAAAUACAGAUUAUUUUAAGGUAGAACGGGCUAGAUGUCCUUUGAAGAACUGUGUUUACAUCAAAGUGGUGAAAUUACGGAAAGUCAGUGAUUCCUUUUUGCUAGUGGUACUUUGAAAUUGUGAUAGAGAGGUCUGAUUCCCAGAGAAGUUAUUUUUAAAGUAGUGAGGUAUACUGUAUAUUUGUUAGUGUCCUAUUCCUUGAAGGAAAUACAGCAUCCUAUGACACAGGCAGUUUACUUUUUCUGUAUAUCUGAAUUACAUAUUUUUAAUUGAAUAUAAUUUGAAUUAUAAUUCUGUGUUAUAUAUGGAAUUAUAGAUUCUAAUCGUUGUGUCAUUUUUAAAAGAAAAAAAUUCCUAAGCAUUUAAUAAAUAAUUUUAGCUUUUAAAAAGUACUAAUAUACCUCAAAAUUUGUAGCAAAUGCAGGUUACUUUGUAAAACUUAAUAAAAUAAGAAAAAUUGUGAAUUUUAAUUGUGUUGAAACCCUUAUUUGAAUUUACUUUGAGGCUUCACAUUAGAAGAGAGAUAUAUAUGUGCAACUAUAAAAGUAACAACUGUGUGUGAAUCAUUGCAUUUGGUUCACUUAAAAAACUGGAGUUAAGUGAAGAAAAAUCUAUUUUUAGGGGAGAUUUUCUUUUUAAGUCUGGGUACCAGUGGUUAAGGUUGUUUUGAACUAAUGAAUGCUGUUUAAGAAAAACUAACUACAGAGUCUGCUGGCCACAUUAAGAAUUAGAAGACCACAUGUUAAAUUAACUUACGCAGAGGGCUUUUUGUUUUCUAAAGCUUUUCUUUUUCUGGACUCCACUUGCUGUUCAGUGGCCUGAAGAGUUCUUUCAAUGAACCAUAAUGGUUCAUUACUUAAUAAUUAGUUCUUUUUAAAGGUAUCUACUUCUAAAAUUACCUACUUGGGAAUAUGAAGGAUACAGUUAAGAGUUUUAGAAAUAUGACGCAAGGAUCCAAAGUGCUAUAGGGUAAAAGUGGAGUUUUUAAAAGUAUUUUAAAUGGCACUUUGGAAUGGGAAUCAUCAUUAUUUGGAAUUACAACAAUGUUUCUCAGGAAGUAUUUUUCUUCUAAGUAUGUGCAUAUUGCACUUUUAGAUCAUAGAAAUAUCUGAAUGCAAUAUUUAAUUUUUAUAUAUGCAAAUACUAUAAAUCUUUUGUAUAAUGUAUUUUAUACAAAUACAAAAUGGAAUUGUAGAACAUUGUUAGCAUGUACAUUUGUAAAACUGUUUUUUAAAACUUUUUACCCCUUAUUUUUCAUA